GAAGAAGAGGAUAAUAAAUCCUAACCUAAGAAACUUUUUCUUUCAGCCGCAAUAUUUUUGUUCGAUAGUGAAUUCAAAUUAUUCAAUUAAUCAUAAAAAAUAGUAGGUAUGAAAAAGGACAAACAUUCUAAUUCGAGAAAAAUAAAAUCUAGAGACUCCUUUAAUAAAGAGACAAGGGACCACAGUGAACCAGAUGAAGAUACUUCAGAUAGUGAAAAGGGAUAUGUAACUAUAAAAAAACGGAUUUUACCGCUUCGCGCCACCCGUAAUAACAGCAACAAAAAUAACAAAAUUGAAGCAAUAGCAAGUAUUAAAUUAGAUAAAGCAGAUAGUGAAUUGGAUAAAGCAACUAGUGAAUCAGUUGAAACAGAUAGUGAAACAGUUAAAGCAGAUCGUAAAUCAGAAAUUACGGACAGUAUUCCUAAAGUAAGAAAAUUGAGAAAGAAAAGCAAAGUUUUAAGUAAAAAAAAGUGUAAAAAACGUAUUAGGAAACCGAUUAAACCAGUUGGAAUAGUCAAUGAAUUCAAGUUGAAGAAAAUGUUGAAAAGUAUUGAUGGAAAACGUGAAUUAAAUGACAGUCAAAUGGAAUUUAAGAAAUGUUUAGCACAAAUGCAUCCUUCAUUUGAACCCCUAUGGAUAGGGCGACCCUAUUUUAUUAUGAAGGCCAUUAAGGAAUGCUUGUUAAAUAGAGAUUGGGAUAGUCUAACUCACUUGUUAAUAGAUCUUGUACAUUUGAAAAGCAAUAUUUUCAAACCAGUUGUUAGGCAUCUUUGUGCUAUUAUGGACAAGUUGCAUCCCAUUAUAAUUGAAAAUGACUUGCAAGGUAAAUUUAAGACAAUUAAAAAGUACCACCAGAUGAUUAUGGAUGACACAACUGUGGUGUAGUUAAAUUUGUUAAAAAAAUUACAUUGUCAUAUCUGAGAAAC